GUUGACUUCACCCGUCCAUCGGCUUUGUUUGAUUGUAUUCCUCUUCUAUUUAGAUGGAUUCUCUUCCGACCGAAAAUGUAAAACAAACCCCUUCCCUGGAUUCGCUGGAUUUGGGUGAUCCACCUGAGGACUGGAAAGGCUGGUUCGCCUACAUGGCCUUAAAGGCAUCUGUUGCUGAAACAUUGCUUUCCCUAUCUGUUGAUGAAUAUCGUGUUUGCGAAACAAGACCUCACUUCGGUCGUGCUCCUCAAGCCGCCUUGGACAAGCUCAAAUUUUCUCCAGAUUUCGCUCUUCGGGUAUCUGGUGAUCUUGACGCAACAGCGCGUGGUAACUACGGUGUGGAAGUUGCAUUCAGCUCCGAAGCUGAAAGCUCCUUGCUGGAGUGCAUCCCAGUAAACGAUCAAUACAGGUCGUUUUACUGGCAAACGCCCCGACAGAUCCGUCCCGACUGCUUCGGUCAGCAAGAAGUCCAGAAAGGCGUGAAAGAGAUCACGAAGAGUUUGUAUGUUGUUGGUGUUGUGCGCCUUCCAGGAUGUGGGCCCCGUGACCCUGCCUGUGCUUAG